CGCUCGUGUUUGCACGCGGCAAAAAACGACCGCUGCAGGCUCUCGUACAAGUGCAUGCUGGCGCGAGCUGUGCGCAAGUCGACCAGUGCACGCAGUAGCAGUGCUGCGCACGAGAAACGCCGAUAGCAGCUAGCAACUCACAUCUCCUGGAGAGCACCAAGCACUGCAGCUACCGCAGCGGAGCAGCGGAGAGCCCCCAUGCGGCCACACGCAUGCAUCGCAGCGCUGGCCGUAGCGGUACAUGGCUACCUCCCGCCGCUCCCGACGCGCGACCUACGAACAAGACGCCUCGCCACGGUCCAAGACGAGCCCCAACAAACGAGGAAGGAGUUCACGGUGCCCAAGGCCGCGUCGACGCGGGAGACGGAAGUCCGGGCCGUGACCGCGUUGAGUCGAGACGGUAAUGUGUCCUUGCCGGAAGUGUUUGUGGGGAAUGAUGGCUCUUCGCGGCAGUUGUAUGAUAAUGGGGUGGUCAUGCCCGUGGGCUGGACGGGCGCAUCUACUAGAAGACGCACGGGCAGUAAGUUCACGGGAACUUUACUAGCAUCGACGGAGUUCCCCGUCGGCGACGCCGGAGCCAACCCCCAAAGGAUAGCGCCGUUCUCGCGGAAGACGUGGCUCCAAGGUGUGCGAGAUGAUAUCAGAAAACGAUCACCGCUAUACGCCCAGGACUGGUUCGACGGGUUGCGGAACCCGGCGAAGAGCGCCGGAGCCUGUUUAUUUCUGUAUUUUGCCGUGCUCGCGCCGGCGGUCGCGUUCGGUGGCGUCAUGCAGACGGCGACGUGCGGGGCGCUGGGCCCGCGCGACGUGCUGCUGAGCUGCGGGCUGAGCGGCAUGGCAUACGCGUAUUGGGCGGCGUCCUUUUUUCCUCGACGGCGUCGAGAGGAGUGACUCGCGAUGCACGUCGAGAGAAACACAGAGAGGAGCCGCGCGUCGAUGGCGUCGAGGUGGACGUAUAAAGCUAGACGAGACGAAUCGCCUCGAGAUGGCGCGUGCAGAGAGUGGUUGGACAGACACACACAGACAAAGACACGGAAAAAAAAAACACAGGUGCCUCGCCGGCCAGCCCAUGACCUUCGUCGCGCCGACAGGACUCACUCUAUCUUUCAUCGGAGCAUUGUCCGCCUGGACUAUUAAAUCUGGGGUCCCAUUCCUACCGAUGUACGCGUGGUGCGGCUGCUGGACGGCUUUAUACCUCGCGGUCUUAGCGUCGUUCAACGCUUCUGGAUUGAUAAGGUACUGCACGCGCUUCACGGAGGACGUCUUCAACGCAUUAUUAGCCUUCAAUUUUGUCUCAGAAGGGUUUUCUCCGGUGAGGAAAGUCAUCGGGAACAGUCUCGCGUCGUCCAAAGGGGCUGCUGAUGCUCUACUCGCUGCGAAUGCGGCCGGUGGCACGUGUCUCGCUUGUCGGGCCUUCGCGGGAGCGCCCAAAACACGAUUCUUUACCGCAAGAGCUCGCUCUCUACUCGCGGACUUUGGGCCAGCUGCUACUAUAGUCUUCGCCUCGUCCCUAUUCUCGCUACCAUCGGUGCGCAAGCUCGGCUCGCUGAAACGAUUAACUUUAGGAGCGCCGCGCGAGAAGCUCUUUUCGUUAGUGGACAUGGGCGCCCUAUCGUUAAAGUACCGGUUGUUAGCAGCCAUACCCGCUGUUUUUUUGGCGACAUUGUUCUUCCUCGACCAGAACAUUACGGUCCGAACGGUCAAUUCGCCCCAAAACAAGCUCAAGAAGGGCGCGGCGUAUCAUUUAGAUUUGUUUGCUCUAGCUUCUAUUACAUUAGCGUCGUCACUGCUGGGCCUGCCGUGGAUGUGCUCGGCGACGGUGCAGUCCCUGAAUCACGUGCGGGCCUUGUCGACCUACGCCGACCAGGAGACACAAACGGUGGAGAAGGUCGAUACGCCUCCAAAAGAGCCCUCGAAGCCGGCGCCGCUCGCCGCGCCGGCGGCCCAGAAAAGGCCUUUACCUUCUCCUGACGAGAUCAUCCGCGCCGCAAAAACCGAGCCGCCCGCCAAAAAGCCCCUCCCGAAGGCCGGCGACAUCAUCCUCGCGCGGUCUCUGGUGUCGGUCCAGAAACGCACGACCACCCAACCGCAGAAAGGGAUUAGUUUUGGCGGCUAUGCGAACGACUACUUGGAAGUUGUCAAUAAAACGUUGUCGGUGAACAGGACGCAGGAAGAUAGAGCCGAGGCCGUCGCGGCGGCCAGUCGUGCUACGGCCGGCGGCGGGGCCGCUCGCGUCGCGCAGGCGAAAGAGUUGGCAUCAAAACCGGUCAACGUCGUGACGAAACCUACCGUUUCCGGCGACGUCAAGGAUGUCGUGGAGACGCGUUUGACUGGUUUCACGGUCCAUGCUUUAGUGUUGGCUUCGCUGGGUUUUGCGCCGGUACUAGCAGAAGUGCCUCUGGCCGUCGUCUGGGGCGUGUUCCUCUUCCUCGGCUUCAAGGUCAUGGCGGGCAACCAGUUUUUAGGGAGAGUCGUGUCGCUGUUUAUUGAUCCAAGAAUGCUCAACCCGACGAGUGAGGCGGAACGGGCCGUCGUCGAGUUAGGACGGAAGCGGGUCCUGCGGUACACGGCGGUCCAGGCGUCCUGCUUAGCCGCUCUAUGGUUGUUGAAACUCAAUAAAGCGACGGCCAUGGUCUUCCCGUCCGUGAUUGGGGUCUUGCUCGUGCUGCGCGCGUCUCUAUUGCCCCGGGUGUUUUCACCUAGAGAGCUGCUGACGCUGGACACGGAGAUAGAUCGGUAAUUCAUCCAUAG